AUGGCCCCUACUACUUCAGCGUCCGUUCUGACGGGCAAGGAAGAAUCGCGCAAUGAUCAAGAGCUAAAACCCGACACCAGAGCUGAGACCUACUCUCAGUUACAUGUUGAGACUGUGAGCGGCAUCAACUUGACAGCAGCCGCCUUUGUUGCGGGUGCUGCAUCCUCCACCGCAGCUGGGCUUGUCCUCUCUGGUCUAUCAUGGCCAUGGCUCAUCUCCCUCGUCAUCACCGUCGGGAUAGUGCUUGUUACCUUCAUUGUCUACCGGCACUUUGAAAUGAUACGGCGGCGUCAAAAGCCAGGUGGCAGCUGGCUCAUCCCCAGCAAUACGCCCCAACCCAAUGCCGCUGGCACACAGGUUCCCAACACCACCUCUCUUCCUGCUAUUUACUUCACAUAUAUACUUGGCUCUGGCGGACACACUGCUGAGAUGAUUGAGACCAUCAAGCAGUCAUUUCGCGGCCAGGCAAACAUCCACCGGCGGUACAUCAUCUCCAUCGGAGACACUUCCUCUCUCGCCAAGGCCCGCCUUCUGGAAGCGACUAUCAAGGACGCCUAUCCCGGAGAAGAUGCUCGAGCAGGCACCUCUGAUAUCUUCUUAAUCCGCCGUGCGCGCAAGGUCCAUCAACCGCUCUAUACGGCACCCUUUACCUGCCUCAUAUCCGCCUUUCAUGCCGCCAAUGCCCUCACACGGAUGCCCAACCCACGGUCGACAGAGGAUCAUGGAAAGGGGUUCAGAUACCCGCAUGUGAUUGUUACAAAUGGGCCUGCCAACGGCUUUAUUGUGUGUUUUGUGGCCCACUUGCUCAAGAUAUUCUACCUCGUACCCGAAAACAGGGCCAAAAUGGUGUACAUCGAGACCUGGGCCAGGUCCAAGACGAUGAGUCUGACGGGGAAGUUGUUUCUAAAGACGGGCAUUGCUGAUGUUGUCGGUGUGCAGCACGAGAGUCUGGCGAGGAUAUUCAAGGGUAGUCAGUAUAUCGGGCCGGUGUCUGCCGGCUUUCUUCAAAGAUAG